CCUAUUUAUAGUCUUAAUGGAAUUUAAACACUCUUCUUUCUCCUUUCUCCCUUUUUUGUUCAGUCCCUUGCAGCUGUUUCCAUUCUUCCUCUUUCUCUCUAGCUGCUUUCGGGGGUGGGGGGGUGCUUUUCCCAUACUCUCCCCCCGUCUCUGUCCUCUCUCCAGAAGCAAAAACAGCUCCCUUCCUUCCAUGGCUUCCCUCUCCCCCAGUUCACCUCUCCAUGCCAUGUACCUGCUAAGUUCUGUGGUUCAGGUUGUGCAGAUUGUUGUGUUAAUCCUCAGAUCAGUUUUCUAGGUGUGCAAGAUGGUUUGGUAUUGAUCUGGCUGCAUUUCAGGGACGAGAGACAAAAAAACUUCCAUGCUGUUAUGCCAUCUUGGGCCCCUCCAUUUUUUUUUUCAAUUGUAAGUGAACUGCAUAUGUUUUUUAGAUAUUCUCAAGUUACAGAUUACAAAAGCAAAAGACUACUUCCCAGUGGCAUUGGCAUAUUCCUGGAGCAAGACUGCCUAGGGUGGUGCUAAAAACAACCUACUUCACAAUUUCAAAGAACGUGAGGCAUUUUAGACUAAUCUUAUAGUUGUAUGAGUCCAGCUCCCAAAGUAUUGAAACUGAGUUUGUUUCAGCUAUAAGCCAUUGUCAAUAGUAGGAGGCCCUAAACACCUGCCCUCUCUGCGAGUAAUUUUGUAAAGAUUGACACUGAAUAAAUCAGAUUAGCAGUAUUGCUUAAUGGAGCUGGAAGAUUCUCUGUAUUUCUCAUUAUCACCCAAAGUCCAUUAUUUACAUUAGAGCUCACUCUGGGUGUUGUACAUUUUAUGUGUUUUGACAAAUGCACAAUGGCCUGCAUCCACCAUUAUAAUAUCACAUAGAGUAGUUUCACUGCCUCAAAAUUCCCUGUGCUCUGCCUAUUCAUCUCUUCCUUCUCCCUAAACACUGAUAAUUUUUCCUGCCUCCAUAGUUUUGCCUUUUCUGGAAAGUCCUAUAGUUGGAAUGGUACAGUAUGAAGCCUUUUCAGAUUGCCUUUUUUUUCACUUAGUAACAUGCAUUUAGAUGUCCUCCAUGUCUUUUCAUGGCUUGAUAGCUCAUUUCUUUUUAAUGCUAAAAAACACUGCAUUGUCUGGAGAUAGCACAGUUUGUCCAUGCUUCCAAGUUAUGGCAAUUAUGAGCAAAGCUGCUGUAAAUAUCUGGGCGUUAACUUUUGUGUGGGUAGAACUCGUUUGGGUAAAUACGAAGCAAUAUGAUUGCUGGUUCAUUGGAGUCAUUAUUUUUAAUUCUUGUGAUUUUAGUGAAGGCUCUGAUUGCAGUUGGUUUUUCAUGUGUCUUGAUGUCCAGGAAGAGAAUGAACUGCUCAUGCUGGCCAGAAUAUUUGGACUCUGGCUAGGAGUGGAAUGGGACAAUCCCGCGAGAGGAAAGCAUGAUGGAAGCCAUGAAGGGAUUGUGUAUUUUAAAUGCAGGCACCCAACAGGAGGAUCCUUUGUUCGUCCAAACAAAGUAAAUUUUGGAGUGGACUUUCUCACUGCAGUGAAUAAUCGCUACGUGUUAGAAGAUGGACCAGAGGAAGAUGGAAAAGAGCAACCUGUUACAAUUGGAAAUAAACCUGUGGAAACUAUUGGUUUUGACUCCGUCAUAAAACAGCAAAGUCAGCUGAGCAAGCUGCAAGAAGUUUCUCUGAGGAACUGCGUGGUGAGUUGUGCUGGCGACAAAGGAACAAUUGCCAAAGCGUGUCCUAAUAUCAGAAGGGUAGAUUUGUCAAGAAACCUGCUGUCCUCAUGGGAUGAAGUCCUAAAUAUUGCUGAUCAGCUCAAACACCUGGAAGUUCUCAAUCUCAGUGAGAAUAAACUACACUUUCCCUCGGUUUCACCAUCUCUAGCUGGAACAUUUCCUGCACUGAAGGUUUUAGUUCUUAACCGAACAGGAAUAACGUGGGCUGAGGUGCUGCGGUGCGCCCCCGGGUGGCCGGUCCUGGAGGAGCUGUACCUCAAGUCUAACGACAUCUCCAUUUCAGAAAGGCCGGCGGAUGUUCUACAGACGGUCAAGUUAUUAGACCUUUCCUCUAAUCCAUUAAUUGAUGAAAAUCAGCUGUUUCUCAUAGCGUAUCUCCCCAGAUUAGAACAACUAAUCCUUUCUGACGUCGGAAUUUCUUCUAUACAUUUUCCGGAUGCAGGAACUGGGUGCAAAACAGCAAUGUUUCCUUCCUUGCAGUACCUUGUAGUAAAUGACAAUCAGAUCUCACAAUGGUCAUUUAUCAAUGAGCUGGAUAAGUUACAGAGUCUGCGUGCUCUGUCCUGCGUAAGAAACCCCCUGACGGAAGGAGGCAGUGGACCACAGACCACACGCCAGUUCAUCAUCGCCAAAAUCGGUCAGCUCAAGACCCUGAACAAAUGUGAGAUUCUACCAGAGGAAAGGCGUGGGGCUGAGCUUGAUUACCGAAAAGCAUUUGGAAAUGAAUGGAAAAAGGCUGGCGGACAUCAGGAUCCAGACAAAAACAGGCCAAAUGAAGAAUUUCUUGCAGCCCAUCCCAGAUACCAGUCGCUCUGCCUGAAAUAUGGUGCACCUGAAGACGGGGAACUCAAAACACGACAGCCGUUUUUGCUCAAAAACCAGCUACUAACACUGAAGAUAAAAUAUCCUAAUCAGGUUGAUCAGAAAGUCACAGAAAAACAGCUGCUAGGUUCCAUGACCAUUCAGAAGGUGAAGGGACUGCUGUCACGUCUUCUCAAAGUUCCUGUGUCAGAACUUGUGCUGUCCUACGAAAGUCCCAAAAUGCCUGGCAGAGAGAUUGAGCUAGAAAAUGACCAGCAGUCAUUACAGUUCUAUUCUGUGGAAAACGGAGACUACCUGUUAGUGCGAUGGUAACAGCCAACUAAUCAAGUUCAGAGACUCCACUGUUUUAUCAUGACUGGGGGUUCAUUGGAAAGGAAUGAUUCUCUGGAACAAUUCUGUCAGAAGAAGAGGUUUUACAACUUGCCCUAAGUGGAGAAAAAGUGGUAUUUUUCAUCGGGAAGAGACCAUUUCUAGGCAUAUACAUAACAGUAGGUGCAAAGCCUUGGUUACUGCUAAUGACUUUCUGAUUUUAUUUCGUAUUUAUAGUUCAUGGCUACUUUAAAUAUUCAAUAGAACCUAGCUAGUCUAAUGAAAUCUGAACACAGUUAAGGUCCAGCAUAAGACCAGUUUUAAUGGAAUUCCACCGUUACUACUAGUUUAAAAGGUUACCAAAAGGACUUGGAAGGUCAUUUUGGAAACGGUCCCUUGAACUCAGGGAGGCACCUCUUCUGUGUGUAACGCAUAUGCUAUGAUCUCUCUUCUCUGCUGCACUAUUUUUAGAGUACUUGCAAAAAUGAAUCCCAUGCUCUUUCCUGCAGCUGCACCUACACUGGGCAUACAUUCUUCCACAGAUGAUGACCAGCUCUGAUGGGAAUUCACGUGUAGUAGGGAACCAUCGGGCAAUGACAGGAGGAAAGCAAAACUCAUUUCAAGUGUCAACUGUUUAAGCAGUAUCCUUCCCUAUGUCACUAAAACCCUGACAGGUAUUUGACUUAGAUCCACAUUUUAGUUUUGUUUUUUUUUUACAAUAGUACCAGACUGCGACCUUCAGGAUUUGUGUUAAAUGGCAAAAGAAAACUUGAAUUAGCCCACUUAAUAAGUGAACUUUAAAACCAAAGUCCUGAACCGAGUGGAUUGGUUCCUUUUCAAGUUCAAGUUGCCCACUUCAGACAUUUCCAGAAACCCCAAGCUUUGGUAUCAGUGACCACACAGCAUUCUGUGAGUUCUUUUUGGCCCUUAAUUAUCCUCAUUAUGCUUUAUGGAACUAUUCUGUAAUCCAGGUUGAAAUUCACAUUCUCUGUCAUUACUCAAGAUUUCUGAACUAGGCCAAAUUUUAAGCAAAAGUGAUAGUAAUUAAUUAUAAACUAGAAAUGAUACAUCAGCUUUUAGAAACUUUUUUGUUUUAUAAAACAAUUUGGUAUUUCUCAACUGUUCUUCCAAUACAGAAAUAAAAUUUUUCUUAUGCUACA